UAGAGUAACCAACCCUCUAAAGAACGAGGAAAAAAUCCGUGCCGAAGGAAACCUUGACCAAUGCCAACCUUACGCAUGCAUGGACAGAAGUUGUCCCCUGUCUUGUACCACCUUUUUAUGCAGAUUGAUCCUUUUCAAAUUCAUUCGGUCAGCAAUAACAAUUACCCUGACAACAAGAUAUAAAGGAGACAAAAACAAAUUGUCCGUGCACGAAGGUAAGCUUGACCAAUGAAAAUCUUUCGCAUGCCCAUACGUUGCCCAACCGUUGACUGCCUUUUAUUGAUUGAUCCUUUUCAAAUUCAUUCAGUCAGAAACGAACAGUUACCCUGACAACAAGAUAUAAACAGUAUUGAUGCUUGUUGCUUGUUUGUUUAUUUGUUUUUUUUCUCCGGCUUAUAACUGGACGAUAUUAGAUUAUGGCACAGUACCAGAGCAACAGCGCCGUCUGAUAGCACAGGAGUGAACAAGACUGAUCACACAUUUUGUUUACCAGUCACAAUGCCAGUGAUAUGCAUCAAUGUAUAACGUUAGCACGGUGUAUGUUACUUCAUCUAUCUGAUGCUGGAUUAUUCAACUUAAGCAAGUUUGUUAUAAAGACAUUUAUACUACUGACAAAAAAAUAUCUGCAAGUUCGGAAUUUGUCCAUCGACGUCAAUAAUCACCGCAUGUAAAUAAGGUGUAAAGGUGACCACUCCAUACUUCACGCUGAAGGCCGGCCACACAAUGAAUGUUUUCAUGGAAGGGUUAUUUCUGAUUCUUCUGGUAAAAAGCUGUCAUGGCCAGUGUCGACAUUGGUCGACUCCCGAGUUUCACUUUGCAAGUAAUCGCAAGCUGCAGGGUCAUGUGUUUCAGAUGAAGGCUGUAUCUACUACUGUGAUCUGUGGGCGAGACUGCUCUAUGGACCCACAGUGUGCAUCAUUCAACUAUGAUGCAGGCAGCCAUCUUUGUGAACUCAACAAUCAAACAAGACUCCAGAGCCCAUGUACCUUUGUAGAGAAGCAAGACAGUUUCUACUUUGACGAAAGCAAAAAAACUACCGCAGGUACAGCUUGUGCUCGGGAGUUUAGCAUCGUUGGUAAACCGGCCGAACAAAGUUCAAUGCACAACAAUGGAGCAGCUGCGGCAGUAGACGGCAGUAGUUCAUCCGCCAUCACACAUUGUUCGUACACCCUUGAAGAUCCAGCUCCGUGGUGGAGAGUCGAUCUUGGAGAGGACCACUGCAUCAGCAAAGUCCGAAUUCUGAACCGUGGAGACUGCUGCAGCUAUCGCCUGGAAGACGCUGUUGUCCGCGCUGGUGACAACACCACUGUCACCGACAACCCGACUUGUGGCUCACCUGUCACCGCUGCCCAAGCCCAACCACUCGGUUGUACCAUCGAGUUUGAUUGCUCUCCGGAGUUGAGGGCGCGCUACGUCAGCGUGGAUAUCCCCGGUAAAGGCAUCUUGCAACUUUGUGAGGUCACGGUAGAGGAAAUACCCCUGGACCACUGCUCGGGCGAACAAAACUGCCAGUGAAUGCGCACACAUGUACAAGUACAAGUACGGCGUAUUUCAUGUCAGCUCUCUGUACCUAGACGUCAUUGAUAGAGAAUAAUGAAUACAUUCUACAACUGUGGCAUUAAUCCAUUGACAAGACAAAAUUUCAUUCUGUCAUUUGACUUUGGGAUAUGCGUGUAAAACCAAAUGCAUGCCACGAAGCACUGCAUUUAUUAAUUUAUUGAGGGUUUAAGGUGACUGUUGAUUGUAUAAAGUAAUCGUGCCAAUUGGUGUUUUGGUAGAAGCACAGCGGUUUAAAACAUAACAAAAUGACUGUCUGUAAGCCUUUUUUUAUUUUUAACAAGUGCGAGUGCAAUUGUUUUGGUCAA